AUGAAGUUUCUUCAAACAGUUCUCGCCUUAUCGGCCCUGGCGGUCAGCAUUGACGCUCUCCCGUUCUCAGUGACCAGGGAACAGGAUGGCCUGGUCCACGAUAUGUCUCUGCACGCAACCAGUCUCAUGGCUCGUCAGUCGCAACCGCCGCCCUCUGAUUUGACCCCCCAGCCAGCCGCUGAGGCCGACAUGGAUGAGUUUGAAGAAGAUGAGGUUGAUGAUGUCGCCGGUGACGAUGAAGUGGAUGCCCAGGGCAAGAAGAAGAAGAAGGGCAAGAAGGGCAAGAAAGGCAAGAAGGGCAAGAAGGGCAAGAAAGGCAAGAAGGGCAAAGAAGACGUUGACGAGAAUCCCGACACCGCUACCCAACCGGCUCCGGUCGGUGCUACCAUUCCGGCGGCCGGAGCACCGGCUCCGGGAGGCCCCUCCGCUGCCGCGCCACUCCCGGCACCUGCCCCUGCAGUUCCUCGCUCCGUCGCCGAAACAUUCAAUGCUUGA